AUGAUUUCCUCUAGUUUCCGUCUUUCUCUGGCUUUGGCUCUGACAUUGAGUGUUCCAUCUGUUUCGGCAGAUAUGCCAUUGCUCACUGCAGCCGACGCGGAUGCCUACAACGCUGGCGAGUACGGUAGCCUGCCAAAUCAGACAUUUCACUCGUCUGACUUGAUUGCACCGAGGCUACUUGUCACCAAAUGGGAGAGAAACUCUACCAAGACCGGAUCCCAUAUAUUCCUAUCACCCCAUAUUGAUGGCCAAGAUCAAGCGCCAAUGAUACUCUCGGCGGGUGACCUAAGCCUAGUCUAUGUCGAUCCAUCGUGGAACGGAGGCGCCGACACUCGCAUGCAAAUGUAUAAAGGCGAUCCUUAUCUGACUUUUUGGUCCGGCACAGUCGUCCGGGGCGGCGGCUACGGCGGUGGCGUGCUCGUCGAUAGGUCAUACCAAAAGGUUGCCAAUCUCACCACUCAAGGCUUUACUACCUUGGCGGAUGGUCAUGAAUUUCAACUUACCCAUGACGGUGGUGCACUGCUCGUCAAUUCCCACACAACCACCGGCGACUGUAGCGAGGUGGGAGGCGGUCGCAACUGUACACUCAAGGCAUUCGCGUUUCAAGAAAUCGACAUUGCCACUGGCGAACCACGAUUCACCUGGCGCGCUGAGGACCACUUUUCCCUCAACGAAUCUUUCAAGGCCUGGAGUGGCAAUGACAGCGUAGAGUGGGAUUGGUUCCACAUGAACAGCCUCGAGAAGACCAUGAGCGGCGAUUACCUCAUCUCGGGACGGUACCUCGCCAUGGCGGCCCUCAUCAACGGCACGACCGGUGACAAGAUCUGGCAGGUGGGCGGCAAGAAUAGCGACUUUCGGGACAUAAGCACCACGAAUGGCUCUACGGGAGCGGCGGCAAUCUUUGAGUUCCAGCACGACGUCCGGUUUGCCGGAGGCCCACGGAGCGGCAGUGUCGAUAACGCCUUUGAUGAUUUGACCAUGUUUGAUAAUCAUGUCCUGGCCGAUGGGCUCGAGCAGCCGACGCCUGGCUGCAUCGCCAAUUGCUCGCGGGGCCUUCGCAUUCGACUCGAUCACACCGAGAGGACUUUCACGCUAGUCCACGACUUCUACCACCCUGCGAGCGUUCAGACCUUUGCGCAAGGCAGUUAUCAAACUUUUCCCAAUGAUAAUGUCCUGGUUGGUUGGGGUACCGUUCCUGCCUUUACCGAGUUCACAGCUGCUGGUGAGACAGUUCUUGAAGUCCAAACCGCCCCAUGGUCGUCGGCCGCCACCGGUGGCAGUCUCUUGUAUCGCGUGUACAAGCUAGACUGGACUGCGACGCCGCUCACGAAUCCAAACGCUGUUGUCGUCAAUGAUACGGUCUAUGUCUCUUGGAAUGGGGCGACAGAGGUUGCCUCAUGGACACUGUUUGGUGGCCAAGACAAUGAGCGUCUUUCAAAAUUAGUGACUGUGCCCCGAGCGGGUUUUGAGACGGCGAUUGUGCUGGACUCUUUACCUCCGAUAUUAAAGGUGGAAGCUGUCAGCACGGCAGGGGAAACCAUUGGUUCAACAGAAGUCAUCGCGUCUUAG